CCUGUCUUGAUAUCUUUGGUGUAUAACUCAUGUCGAAAUGUCUCUUAACGUCAACCGAGCCACAUGGAUCUGGAAAACUGGAGACAUUAUCAGUGAUGAAGGCCAGACCGACCAAUUUGUUGCUUUCGCUCAGCGAAAUCGCAUCAACCGUGUCCAUGUCCACAUCAACCCAGACCUCCCGCACCAGGACCUGGCCGCCUUCAUAGGAAAGUGCAACAGCAGUACCAUCCCCGGCGGCAUUGUCGUCGAGGCCCUAAUGGGCGACGCCGGCUGGAUUCAGAACCCACACCACCAGAGCGUGACGACCCGUUUGCGCUGGGUCGAGGAAUACCAGCGUGUGUACGCCCAUCUGCCCAUCCGCGGCCUGCAUCUGGACAUCGAACCCUGGCAGCUGCCGACCUGGCACGGCGCCGACCAGCCGGAGCACAUCCGGCAGUGGGUCGGCUGCCUGCAGGGCUUCAAGUCCUGGGCCGCCGCCCAGCAGCCCCCCUUGCCCGUCGCUGCCGACCUGCCCUUCUGGCUCCACACCCUCCAGUACCCCGGCACCACCGACCGCCUCGACGUCGUCAUGAUGACCGUCCUCGACGGCGCCACCUUUAUGACCUACCGCAAUACCCCCCAGGUCCUCAUGGACGUCGCCGGCGCCGCGCUUGAGGCCGGCUGGCGCUGUCGCAGGAGGCGCGAGGGCAUCUAUCUUGCCGUCGAGUGCGUUCCGAGUGAGGAAGGCAGGCAUAUUAGCUACCAUGGCAUGGGGAAGCAGAAGCUCGAGGCCGAUCUGGGAUGUUUGGAGGGCGGGCACGGGCUGAGGAUGAGGAAGGCCCAUGAGCUGUGGUUUGGGGGGCUGGCGGUCCAUGACUAUCAUACCUGGUCCGCCAUGGAAGGUUGAGGGUAGAUCGGCUCUGGUGUACCUGACCGUUACCGGUAUGAGCGACAACAUCAUUCAUGUUGUGAUGCGGCGUUCUUUUUGUUCUAGACCAUUUCAAGCUGAGUAGACCGCGGCGCAGUCAGAUGAAACAGUCCAAAUAACUGGUUUCGGUUGCAACUUUUAGACCUGAUGCAGACAGGAAACGCACGUUCCGGUAUAGAGGAACAGGUGGGAAGAGGUGGUGAUAUCAUGAAGCAACUCCGUCACAGCAGACCUUGCUUUCUCUCUACCGGGCUAGAAAAGGCGUCUCCCAUACCUAUAGCGGCAUUUUAAUUCUUGUUACUCACUGCUAGACCAGCCUCCGUGAUAAAGUAGUGAUCUCGCGAGUGGGAGGAAAUCGUAUCUUUAGAAUUGCA